AUGAGUACCUUUUGUGCACCGUUUGGGAGACAAAGCUUGCAAAUAUCGACAUUCUCGAAAUGCAGUUCAAAACUGAGGGAGAUUCCUCGGCAAAUCAAAAAAAUGAAGAAUUUGGAAGAACUGGACCUGGAAUCGAACGACAUUUACGAGAUCCCGGAAGUGUUGUUUGAACUGAGCAAGCUGAAGCGACUGUCGUUGUACGACAACCGAAUUUACGUGCUUCCCCGUGGAGUGAUGCGACUAGAACUGCUGUCGAUUGGGAGGUUGUGUGGAUUGGAGACUCUCGAAUUGGGGGAUAACUUAUUGGAGACACUGCCGGACUCGAUUGGGGAGUUGGGGAGUCUGAAAGAAUUGGAUUUGUCCUUCAACAAACUGAGUGGACUGCCUCACUCGAUGGGUUGUGAGUGA